CCAUCUUCUGACAGAACUCAGCCAAGAAGAGAGCGCUACAAGGCAAAGCGAAGCGAAGGCAAUGGCUUCUGCUGCGUCCAAGUCCGCGGCCGUCUUGGUCCUCCUCGUCUCCCUUGCCGGCGGGGCCACCACCGUGGACGCCAGGUUCAGGGCCAUGCAGUGGACUCCCGCCCACGCCACGUUCUACGGCGACGAGGCUACGGCCGAGACGAUGGGCGGGGCGUGCGGGUACGACAUCACGGCGGGGUACGGCGCGGACACGGCGGCGCUGAGCUCGACGCUGUUCCUGGACGGCUACGGGUGCGGGACGUGCUACCAGAUCCGGUGCGUGAAAGCCACGGCCUGCUACAGGGGCUCGCCGGUGAUCACGGUGACCGCGACCAACCUGUGCCCGCCCAACUGGGCGCAGGACACCAACAACGGCGGCUGGUGCAACCCGCCGCGCACCCACUUCGACCUCGCCAUCCCGGCCUUCAAGAAGAUGGCCGACUGGCAUGCGGGCAUCGUCCCCGUCAUGUACCGCAGGGUGCCGUGCAUGCGCAAGGGCGGGAUCCGGUUCGCGUUCCAGGGGAACCCGCACUGGCUGCUGGUGUACGUCACCAACGUCGGCGGCGCCGGCGACGUCGGGGAGAUGUGGGUGAAGGGCAAUGGCGGUAUGGGGUGGCUGCGCAUGAGCCACAACUGGGGCGCCUCGUACCAGGCGUUCGGGCAGCUCGGCGGCCAGGCGCUCAGCUUCAAGCUCACCUCCUACACCACCGGGUUGACCAUCAUCGCCGCCGACGCCACGCCGGCGAGCUGGAGCAUUGGGCUCACGUACCAGGCUCGCGCCAACUUCAAAUAGGAGUCGAAGCGAAGGUCUGAGGCACAGCAGAAGAAGCAGGAGCUGUGACACUGACAACGCUCUGCGGCGCUAUUGCUGGGAUGAUCAUUGACCAUACCGUUUUCGUUGCUUCCUUUCUUAUUUUCAGUUAUUUCUAGGACCCUGUCGCGCGUUGCCGCCGUCCAUGUGAAGAGCGUGGGGGUUUGACGUACGCAAUGACAGUGAAAACUCUGUAGCACGAUCAAAGCAAAAGAUUUGCAGAUUGUAUUGUGCCUAAAAAAACCUAGUUCAAUUAAGAAUUUUCAGUGCAA